AGAAAAGGUAUAUAAAAGCACAUUGUUUUGACAGGUGUGCCAAAAGCUGUUCUCCUUGGUGCAAGAGCACAACCUACAACAACAAUGCUAUACAACGCCUACUCUCAAAAACUCUCCGGUCAACAGACCGCUCGAUCACGCAAGGAGCCGAUUUCUUAUUUCAAUGUCAUGGUGGCUGGCCAAGCUGGCACGGGCAAGACCAUGUUCGUCCGAACGCUUUGCGAACGGCUCAAGUGCAACAUUAUCCAGGGAACCCUCGAAGAAUCAAGACCCAUGGUGCUCAAGGAACAGCUGCGUGCCACUGAGGACUUUUACAGCGUAUCCAUGCAUGUGGAAGAGGAUGGCGAAAGAAUUUCGUUUACGCUGAUCGACACACCCGGUUUUGAUGAUGGCUUGGCCAUUGACCACCAGCUUCGCUACGUUGCUAAAUACAUCGAUCAUCAGUUUGAGCGCACGUUGAUAGAGGAAACAAAAGUGAAGCGUGAUACAAAGGCCCUCGAUACGCAGAUUCAUGCCUGCUUGUACUUUUUGGACACCAUGGACAACUGCCUCAGCGACACGGAUCGUUAUGCGCUCCGAGUCCUUAGCUCCAGAGUCAAUGUUAUCCCUAUUAUCGGCAAAGCGGACACGCUCACCGUCUGCCAACGCGAAAAUCUCAAGAAAGGUUUCCGAAAUGACAUUUUCGAUGCGCUGCAGAUACCAAUUUACGGCUUUAUUGAUUUGGAAGACGACCAAGAGGAUGAAGCAAGCAAUGGACAAGCUCUCGAACGAGGAUCGCUUACGAUGACAUGUAUUCUUGAAAUGUUGCGCGAGUGUGUAGACGAAGACGACGAUGAAGAUGCACGUACCAUGAUCGGGUACUUGGAGCAAAUGCCAUACACCACCUUUGGAUACGAAGAAGACCCUGAUACUGGCCGUCCAGUGCCGCUCACACCACGCGAAACACAACACAUCUUGGGUCGACGAUAUCCCUGGGCGGUUGUCGAGUGCAGCAACCCCGAUCACUGCGACUUUGAAAAGAUUCGAUCUAUGAUUGUCACUGACCAUCGCGACAUGUUGCGUAUUGACACUUUUGAGCGCUUCUACGAAAAGUAUCGUACCGAGCAGUUGUUGAGCCGACGAGUCAACAGGCUUAUGGCAACAGAGGUCAAGAAUGGUAAAGUGUUGGCAUGAUCAAGAGUGGCAACAGCAGCAACAACAACAACAACAACAACAACAACAACAAC